AAAACUCUCCCUACCAUGAGAGAAUUAAAUUUCAAGCAAUAUACUCCUUUUAUAGGGUGAGAAGCUGAAGUACGGAGAAAUUACUAGAUUUUCCUAAAGCUGUACACUGACUCAUAGCAAACAGAGAUCUUGAUUCUGUUUGCCUGAUUCAGUCUGAAACUCCUUAAAAAAUGAUCCAUUUCUUGGCCUCAAGAAGUGUUCCCUGAUUUAGUAAUCUACCCAUCUAUUCAUUCAUAUGGACAUUUAAAAAGAAUUGUAGGUUUUUGUAAGAUGCAGCUUUGGUUCCAAACUCCAGCAUACUAUUUAAACUUUAUGUAUCUUAUGAAUUGUUCUUGUAAAGGAUUAUUCAAGUGUGGGCUGUAGGUGGCCCCCAAGCCUCUCUCUGUUGCAAAUAUAGGCUGUCCAAGCACUUGAGCCACAGUUUAAUGGGAGGUGUGCAGGAGAGGGAUAUAACAGGCAGCGCCAGCACACAUGUAGAACACGGAAGGACAGUUGUCCCCUCCUCUAAGACCAGGUGUCUUUCUACGCUUAAUUUAACCAAUGACAGCAUAAUUACUGUAGUUCUCACUCUAGCUUGCUGAGUUACUCUUUUCAGUUUAAGUUCAAAUAUAAAAAUGUCCUUGACUAUGACAUCAUUGAGUACGGAUAGCAUCACAUCUUGCUUUCUUUCUUCUCUAACCGUCUUCCUCCGUUUCCUUCCCGUUUCUCUUCUUUAUGGCCUCCUCACUUUCUCCAAAUAAUCUCCCUUAUGCUUUCUGUUUCCUCCCUCUGUUUCUCUGCCUCUUUCUCUGCACACCAUGUGCAUAUAUUUUUCAUAUAAAAAAGGAAGUGUGAUUUUGGUUUUUCUGAUUUUUAAAACAUUAAGCACGUUUUCAGUUAAUGUGAUCUUGUUACCAUGGUAACCUAUAUUUCCCCCUUUGUUCACUCAAGUUGGAAGCUCUGGUUAAAGCACAUGCUGUUUCUGUAGAUCUUCACCUCUCUACCUUUCUGUUUCCCUGUGAUGACUGACAUCAAGGGACUCAAAGAGAUUUCCUGAAAGACAGCAUGUGGCACCUCUUGGCAUAGCGCCCUAAUAGAUACCUGAGGAAGUACAGAGGCCACCAUCACCCCUGCAAGGAGAUAGUCAAUUUUGAAUCCCAGGAAGCUGCUUCUGCGUGGGAGUGGCAGAAGAAGUUAGAGAACCACAUGGAAGAUACCCAGGACCUAAAUGAGCAGUCCGUAAAGAAAACGUGCCCAGAAUCAGAUGUUUCAGAACCUCAGAAUUCCAGGUCUAUGGAAAUGCAAGACCUAGCAAGUCCCCAUGCCUUGGUUGGAGGCAGUGACACACCUGGGAGCUCCAAGCUGGAUAAAUCCGGUCUCAGCAGCACUUCGGUCACAACAAAUGGGACAGGAGGGGACAACAUGACUGUGUUAAACACAGCAGACUGGCUGCUGAGUUGCAACACCCCCUCUUCUGCAACAAUGUCUCUUCUUGCAGUCAAAACAGAGCCCUUGCACAGCAGUGAGACCACUACCACGACUGGAGAUGGAGCGCUUGACACUUUUACUGGGUCAGUAAUAACCAGCAGUGGCUACAGCCCCAGAUCGGCACACCAGUACUCCCCACAGCUGUACCCCUCCAAGCCCUAUCCACACAUUCUUUCUACACCAGCAGCUCAAACAAUGUCGGCCUACGCAGGCCAGACUCAGUACUCUGGGAUGCAGCAGCCAGCGGUCUACACAGCCUACUCGCAGACAGGGCAGCCCUACAGCCUGCCCGCCUACGAUCUUGGUGUGAUGUUGCCAGCCAUCAAGACGGAAAGUGGGCUUCCCCAAACUCAGUCCCCUUUACAGAGUGGCUGCCUCAGCUACAGCCCUGGGUUUUCUACCCCACAGCCAGGCCAGACACCUUACUCUUACCAAAUGCCAGGCUCCAGUUUUGCACCAUCAUCCACUAUUUAUGCAAAUAAUUCCGUCUCUAAUUCAACAAAUUUCAGCGGCUCACAACAGGAUUACCCAUCGUACACAGCCUUUGGCCAAAACCAGUAUGCUCAGUAUUACUCAGCAUCAACCUAUGGGGCAUACAUGACUUCAAACAACACAGCCGAUGGCACAUCGUCAUCCACCUCGACUUACCAGCUACAGGAAUCUCUCCAAGGACUGACUAGCCAACCAGGAGAGUUUGAUACAGUGCAGAGCCCAUCCACACCAAUCAAAGAUCUUGAUGACAGAACAUGUAGAAGUUCUGGGUCAAAGUCUCGAGGAAGAGGCCGGAAAAAUAAUCCCUCCCCACCUCCGGACAGUGACCUGGAGCGUGUGUUUGUCUGGGACUUGGAUGAAACCAUCAUCGUCUUCCACUCUCUCCUCACGGGCUCUUACGCACAGAAGUACGGCAAGGAUCCCCCGAUGGCUGUAACCCUUGGGCUCCGAAUGGAAGAAAUGAUCUUUAAUCUUGCGGAUACACAUUUGUUUUUUAACGACUUAGAGGAGUGUGAUCAAGUUCAUAUAGAUGAUGUUUCCUCCGAUGACAAUGGUCAGGACUUAAGUACCUACAGUUUUGCAACUGAUGGCUUCCAUGCAACUGCAAGUAGUGCGAACCUUUGUUUGCCAACAGGUGUGAGAGGAGGGGUGGACUGGAUGAGGAAGCUGGCUUUUCGUUACAGAAGAGUAAAGGAAUUAUAUAACACCUACAAGAACAAUGUCGGAGGUCUCCUUGGCCCUGCCAAGAGGGAUGCAUGGCUGCAGUUAAGGGCAGAGAUCGAAGGCCUAACAGAUUCCUGGCUAACAAAUGCACUUAAGUCUUUAUCAAUUAUUAGUACUAGGAGUAACUGUGUAAAUGUCUUGGUAACGACAACCCAGCUGAUUCCUGCUCUUGCAAAAGUCCUGCUUUACAGCCUAGGAGGUGCUUUCCCCAUUGAGAAUAUUUACAGCGCAACUAAAAUAGGCAAGGAAAGCUGUUUUGAGCGUAUAGUGUCCAGAUUUGGCACUAACAUAACUUAUGUUGUGAUUGGAGAUGGCCGAGACGAGGAGCACGCGGCUAACCAGCACAACAUGCCCUUUUGGAGGAUAUCAAGCCACUCGGACCUCUUGGCUCUACAUCAAGCACUGGAAUUAGAGUAUUUGUAACUGUAUUCUCUAGCUGAGGAUCCAUUUUUUUUUAUAUUUCAAGUACACUGAAUUUUUAUGUGUGAUCCAAUGCCGCUGGCUUCUUCUACACAUAUAAAUGGUCUUAACGGAUGAAAUCAUACUUGGAAGGAAAACUCCAGAGUGAAGAAUUCGGGUUGCUGAAUGGAAUUAAACUUUAGUGCUACAGAAAGGAAGCUCUAUGGUCUUAUUAUCUUUACAAUACUUUCAUGGUUUAAAAAAAAAUCAGUGGCAGUUGCUGACACGUAUCAAGUGAGUCCUAAGAGGGAUUAACAGCUUUAGUAAAGAACUGGAACCCUCCGAGCCACAGCACCUGCUCUGCCUCUGACAAGGUGGUUGAAAACAUUCCUCAAAAUGGGAGCUCUUCUCAACCCUGAGGUUUGAAUCUGACUUAUAGCCUACCUAGCCCAGAAAAUCUGAAUCGGAAUGCACUCAGACUGUAUAACGACAGUCCUAUCUAGACAUGUAAUUUGUGUAAAUUAUUGAUGGAAAUAAUUUACUGUGACUUUAUUAGCAGCUGACUCUGAAAGUGGAUGCAAUUUUUCUUUUAUUUGUUGGGGUGGGAAAGGGCUGGGGAAAUGGGAAUAUAAUAUUGUCUCUUUUUUAAGGUUGGCAAAGAGAAUGUUCAUACUGAUGUGUUGUGCCUUAAAGACAAGACAGCAUUUGUGUGUUACAAUGUAACUUUGGUUACAACUCUCUAUAGAUAAUCAAAGACAAAAAAAACUUUAAAAAAAUCAAGCAAACAAACAAAUACCUUUGUGAUAAUUCUUCACAUGACCAAAUUUAAAAUUCAACCUAUCAGUUUAAUAUGGAGUCAUUGACAAACUGAGUAUUUGUUAAAAUGAGAAACCAGUAACACAGAACUAUUGGGUUCUAAAUGAUUUCAGUAAUCAGUAUAUGUCAGUUAUCUGAACACCCAAUCACAAGCAGGUUUGGGAGACUAUAGGUUCUUUAUUUAGAGAGUGAAAUAUAUAGAUAUUAAAGUUUCAAGUAUCCUUUCUUACAGUUUUCUGGAUGGAAAUUAAGAGCUCUAUUCAUGUCAACAUACCCAAUUUUAGUUUAAGACUGGAUAUGUGCCAGUUUCUAAGAGGACAAUAUCAUGGUGCAAAUUUAGCAAAUAUUACCAAAGUCAUUUUUAGAACAUGCUAUGGAUGUAGCUUAAAACACACAUUGAGUAGGCACAGCAGAGUGCAUUUGUCUUCCAUGCUGUUACAAAAGCAAGUGUCAUCAAUGGUAGAAGGCAGGUAUACCAGAUAGCUCUCAAGGAAACAACUCUGAAUCUGUGAAUUUUUUAUAUAAUAUUAUUAUAAGUAAAUUAUCGAACAAGCUAUAUCUUGACAUCACCACCAGAUCACAACAGUAAAAGGGUAUUCACUCUCCUUGGAACACAUCAGUCCAGGGUCUCCCUAUUACAGACAGGAAUACAUUGGUUUCUUCCUGCAUGGUUGCUGAACAAUGCCUGCAUUCAUUGCUGGGAGAGCCUGGCCUCAUUGUGUGUCUGCCUGUCCUUUUGCCUUGUUGGUGUACAACCCAUAUUGGUAACAUGAUACAGAUUCUCCUCUCAUUUGUUAUGAUAUGGUUUGCCUUGUGGAAAUUUAAGACUUCAAGAAGGGAAAUAUUCUAAUGGUGUAAGCACCUGAAUCUCUCUGCAUACUGAAUGGCAUAAGAUGGAUCCUAGAGUCUAGCUCUUAGUCAAAGUCCUUCAUCUGAGGCUGCUUCAUGAGAGGUCGUCAUCUGAGACUCCGGCAACUUAAAUAAGGCCAAUGCUUUGCUCAAACAUCACAGAGGAUACUCUGGAGGGCUGUAAAUUUCUUUAGAGAAUGAUGUGGUCCUGUUUACAAAGACAGAUAAGAUAGCUGCCUAUGAUUGGGACUUCUUAUCUAAAUCCUUACUUUUUCAAUGUGUCUUUUGGUUUCCCUUUCCCUGACGCUAUGGUGGCAAAUUAUGGUUGGAAUAUUUUAAUACUAAUGCUAUUAAUAAUAAAUUUUACACUUUUGUCGGUCUUCAGCUUGAAAGUGGUUUAAAGGUCAAAGAUGUGAUUUUUUUUUGUUACUGGGACUCGUUUGUAGUUAAUACUAUGACUAAAACAAAGUUAGUUUGUCACACAGCCAGUUUCUUUCACUGAUAGACUUGUGCCCCUGCAUCAAAAGUUAUAACUCUUCUUGAAAUCUGAUGAACAAGGCUUCUUUCUUAAACUGCUCCACUUGAGGGACAGAGAGGCUUGCCCUUUCCAAAUGCAUCAAGGGCUGGCUGUUGGCCUCCUCCCUACUUAACCAUCCCCCUCUCCCUUCCCUACCACUCCACCUUCCCCACUCUCACAUAUCUGUCCCGGGGUUGAGGGGGGAGGCAGCCAGUAUAAUACCUACAAGUGAGGUUGAUGGAAAAGCGACUGUCCAGCACAACAAUGGUGAUAGCCAGAAAGCCAUAGCCCAGCCUGGUCAUGUGACUUUGAGCAGACUCAAACUACAACUCUUCCCCUCUUAGGGCAGGAAAAUUCCCUUUCUUUCUAGAAACACAUCAGCCAAACAACAAUUAAAUAAAUAAAUAAAUAAAUAAAUAAAUAAAUAAAUAAAUAAUAACCAGCCCUGUGGGCAGUUCCUACAUUCUAUUUUUAUGUGGAAUAUCGUGCCUUAUUAUAAAUGAAUUUGAAAACUGUUCUCCAACUCAGAAGGGUUUUGGGCUAUUACAUAUUCAAGCUUGGUAUGAUAUUAGAAAAAAUAACUGCCUUAUAUUGCACCUUAAAAAGAUCAAGACCCUAUCACUUGAGUAAGAAAAUAGGGGUGGCCUAACUACAACAUUAUAGCAUACGUCUAAGAUGAUAAAAACCCUGAAGAAAUGUGCAAACACAAUUCAGAGGUAAAAAUAAGAUUUUAAGAUUAUAUGGUCUGUCCACAGAAAUAGCUACUAACUGUCUGAUGAGCUAAGAUCAAAGUAGCUUCAACAGCAUGCCCUACUGUGAAGUUUUUUUGUAAAAACCUACUUUUUUGUGACACGCCUGCAUUCUCAGCGAAUAUGGCAUUUAGUAUUUCUUUUCAACACAAACCUAAUCUUCAUGAGCCAAAGUUGCAUUUUGACUUCCAACUAGGGCGGCGUUAGAGGGAAUCACACAGUCAAAGUCAAGGGUUUCUGUUAUGUAUUAGUAAAGUAUAGAUUAUUGGGGCCUACAUAAUUUAAAGAAAUGUAAAUUAAUAUUAAAAGCUUGUAAAAAUGUACAUCUUUACUAUUUCUCAAUAAAUACCUUUGCAACUGUA